AUGCGGUAUGAAGCCUUUUUGAAUAACUAUGUCAUUCUGGCACUCGAGCAGCGUCAGUAUGUGGAUCAAAUCUGUGACCCUGGGUAUAUUCAAUGCUAUAACCGUAACUGCUUUAAACCCGCACAGAAGUGUGACGGAUUGGAUGAUUGUGGAGAUGGAACUGAUGAAGAAGAGUGCAACCUUCUUCCAGUGCUUCAACCUGAAUGUGGUACUCAGGCCUUCACACCGAAUACCGUUUUCGGUUCGGCUCCUGAUCGAAUGGUCGGAGGAGAGGCAGCAGUGCCCAAUAGCUGGCCAUGGCAAGUUUCCCUACAGCGCAUGGGCAGUGAACCCAACACGCAUUUCUGUGGAGGAACGCUCGUCAAUGCUCAGUGGGUUCUAACAGCCACUCACUGCGUUAAAUGGCGAUAUAAUCCUUGGGACUUCAAAAUUGUGUUGGGAGCUCACGGAAAAUUUACAAAAACUCCAUAUGAACAAAUUCGAUACAAUACCAAGGUCAUUGCCUAUCCUGAUCUUGAAGGAGAAUACAUUAGAGGAUACAAUUCUGCUGACGAUAUCAGUCUUAUAAAAUUGAACGCACCUGUCACUUUCAAUGAAGGAGUUCAGCCAGCUUGUUUACCCGAACUCGGAUAG